AGGCAAUAUUUACGUUAAAUCAUUUCCGGUUUCUAAACUUUCCUGCGCGGCAUUAUCGAUAAGCUAUUUGAUUUUUCUAAGAAAGAAGCUUCAUUCUACUAACUUUAAACGGCUUGGAUAAAACUUCUCUAUAGGCCUGUGUGCUCCAAUAGAGAAGAUGAGUACCAGGAAAAGAAAGGCCAGUUUGAAGGUAUUGGAAGAGAUGGAAAGGCUCAAAGAAAUGGAUGAAAUCAAGAAUGCAGGCUGCACUGUGAAGGGUUGUGAUAGCAGUGGACACACCAAUGGAAUCUCGGUCAGACACAGAACGGUAAGAAAUUGUCCCCUGCAAAAGCGUAGGGAUAUGCUGUUGGAACCUCCACCAAAAGUGUCUCGAAUUGAUCAAGCACCGGCAAAACAGAGUGUUGAACACGAAAUCUGGGCAACCAAAGUGAAAGAAGAACCAAAAGAAAGGGAAAAUUAUCAGGAAAUGCGAGAUAUAGAAGAGGAUGCAUUUGUUGAAAAAUUGAAAGAAGAGCAUGAAUUUGAGACCGAGAAUACCCCAAGAGAAAGUAAACAAAAAAGGAGGGGAAUUGUGAAGCAAGCUCAGAAAAGAAAGAAGAAUUUGAAGGAUACUGCUGAUAGAGAGGCAGUGGAGGCAGACACUUUCGCUGAAGAAGUGAAGGCAGAUAUUGCAAAGGUUGAGGAGGAGUCAGAAGACAACAGUUGUGAAGAGAAAGCUUUGAGCCCUGAAGCUAUUCAGAUGCAGAUUGAGCAGGUUAUACCGAUAAAAACUGAAAUAGGUGAGUCAGAAGAUGGAAUAAUCUUACAGAAGAUUUCUCAAAUUGCAAGCUCAAGCGUUGCAUCUGAUCAAGCAAAGAGUUCUUCAAAUACUUAUGUUGAUGUGAACAAUCAACCAAAAUCUACUACUGAGCCUUUGUAUAAUUUCAUUAUGACCGGGGAUGACCAAAAACCUUAUAUCAUUCCUGGCAGUGCUAUAAUACCAAAAUUGCUAGCGAAACCUCAGAUUACAGAAGUUGUCAAAGACGUUCCUUUGCCAAAGAAUGCAGAAAGCAACGAAUCUCUGGGUGCUAAGCUCGGGGAAAUACCAUCAAUCUUUUCUGUUGAGAAGACCAUAGAAGUUAGGCAAGCCCUGGAAGAUGAGAGCGAUGAUGAUGAUGAUGAGGGGGAGGGUGCUGAUGGGGAGUACAUGGUGCUGGCAGAGUGGACUGAUGGCAAGCUACAAGAGCUGGGCAGUGAUGAUGCCAAGGAGGACUCUAGCAAGGGAGGCAGCAGCAAAAUUAGUAACAAAGUGAAGUGUCCACAUCCUGAUUGUAAAGGUGAAGGUCACAUCACAGGAUUAUACACCCAUCACAGGAGUUGGUCUGGUUGUCCAAAGAAAGCUGAUCUCUCAACAGAUGAAGUGGCACGGCUGGAAAACAGAACAAAUCAAGGUUGUCCCACCCCUGGUUGCAGUGGCCAAGGUCAUGUGAGAAGAAAGCGAUCUUUGCACAGAAGUGUGUCAGGGUGUCCUAUAUAUGCCAUGGGAAAGUUGGUUGGUGGCGGAGGCAGUGAACGCGGUCGUGGAAAAAGGAACAAGUACCACAUGGUGAUACUGCCCAAGCAGGACGACCCCUCCAAGGCCAUCCUGGCGGCCUGUACAGAGAAACAGCUCAUCAAGCUGGCUGCCAAACACAUGCAGGAGGAGAUCAACAAUAAAGGGGCAAGCAAACAGUUCAGGCCACUGGUUCUUUCUAAGAAUUUCAACAGCGGCCCAAAGAACAACCAGUCUUUUGCAGCAACGACAAUAAACCUAGUCAAGGAGUUAAAGAGAUACAAUGACUCAAAGACGAGCAAAGAAUCCCUGCCUGUUUCUGGGACUUCGGAGGCUUCUGCCACAAGCAAUGCAGAGAGUCCAAUGAUGGAAGCUGAUUCCCCUCGUGUAACCAGACCGGUGGUAAGAGAACGGCCAAACAUUCUGGGUAAAAGAAAGGGCUAUAGGCCAAAGCCUCGAUCCUCUUCUACAGAUUCAAAUUCAUCCCAGUCAUCUCAGUCAUCUUUCUCUUCAGUACAGUCAGACAACUCAAAGACAGAUGCUGCCAGUGUUAUUUCCUCCCUGAUUAGUCAGCCAGCCGAGUUCAACAGUUUGGAGGAUCAAAGGUUGCUCGAGGCUAUAAAGAAAAGGACUGACAAGUCGGAACGUGAGCCUUGUUUUAUUCAGAGACAGAGUGGAGCAGACAGUGACGAUGAAGAUAAAGUGAUGUCCAUCCCAGCAGACGCAGUUUUGACCAUUCCCACACCUGCGUAUUUCAAGAAUAAAGCAGCAACCCAGAACACCUCAGCAGAUCAGGACAAGAAUGUCAUUAGUAAAGUCACUGAGAGUAAUUCCAGUGAUAAAACGGACACAAAUACAUCAGUUUCUUCCAUAUCUGUUGAGCGGUACGUUGUUUUUAAACCUACAGAUAAUAUUCCUCUCAAAAUGUCUUUUCCAACCCCUAAACCUGUGUUUAAAGUCCCGAUAGGUGCCCCUAAACCUGUGUUUAAAGAAUAUGAAACCAUACGCGUACCAUUAACACGUCACACUGCUCCUAAGCAAUCACUUACUCAACAGGUAGCAUACCCACAAAUGAAAUCUAUUUUAACCCAAAGCAGUACUCACUCCACGAAUGUAUCUCUAUCUGUAACCGAUUCCGAUUCAAGUGCAGAAGCAAAGCACAAAUCCCCGCGCUCAAAUUAUGCGAGAAUGAUAUCAGCUCUGGAAAAAUCUAACCACGCUAUCCUUGAACAGAGUAAGGAAAUAAUGUGGAGCAAGUCAAUCAUCGAAAAAGCUAAAGGUAAACCUUUACAGAAAAUGUUAAAACCAGAGCUGGAAGAAAGGGAUGAGCUUAGAUCGAUUGCUGGGCAGGGUAUGCAUGUAAAUGCUGCUGAUGAUAACAGUCAUAGCACUUCAAAUUUGAGCAAAGUUUCGUCCAAUCUUCAGGAAGACAUUAAAAUUUAUAUUAAUAAUGAAGAACAAAGCGAAGAAAAUGGCAACAAGGCACCUGUGAUAAAGUAUGUACUACAUAAGUUAAAAAAUAAGCUGUUGAAAUCAAAUAAAGAUAAAUGUGAGGAAAUGGAAGGAGACACUGAAGGCAUGGCAGGUGCAGAUGAUUCAUCCAAAAAUGAGGAUAAUGAUGAAGAUGCAUCUGAUAAAAAGGAAGGACAAGAAAAGAAUGAGGUUUUAAUUACUGGAAGGUCUGAAGGAGAAAAGGAAGUCGGACAGGUUGUAUUUAGACCUACCUCAGCAAACCAGCAUGCCCAUCAAAGGAAACUAAUGGUUCCCACCAGUGCCUCUUACAGUCGGCCAACCAACGGCUCUCAGCAAAUGGACAGUGUCUUAAGCAGCACAUCACAAGCAAAAGAAGAAAGGCUUAAUGACGAGUUUGUAUCGAUGAUGGCUGAAGAUUCAGAAGCGCUCACUGGCUGUGGCCAGCUUAAUUUCGAGUUCCAAGAAGACCAGAGCUGGCAGGUGUUUGUAAAGGAUGAGGAGGAACCCUGUCUGACUUCAGAAAGCCUCAUCACUGACGGUACAGAGGAGGACUACUCAGUUCAUGAUCUACCAGUUCAUGAUCUACCAGUUCAUGAUCUCCCAGAGUCCAGACCAGGCUCUCCAGAUCUAUCACCGCUCAGAUCUGUAGCGCAUGCAAGCAUGUUUAACGGCCCCAGAGAGCUACUAACUUGCCCAACCCCUGGUUGUGAUGGCACAGGACAUGUGUCUGGUAAUUACUCCUCCCACCGUAGUUUGUCUGGAUGCCCAUUGGUCGAUAGAGCUACUGUUCAGGCCAAUCAGGUUGAACAAAAAUGCCCUACUCCGGGUUGUGACGGUUCUGGUCAUGUGACUGGCAACUACACAUCCCAUCGGAGCCUGUCUGGCUGUCCCAGGGCAGCGAAACUCAAGAGGAUCCUCGGCAAAGAGAUUGAGAAGAGGGACGAUGAACCACUCAGAUGUCCUAUACCAGGCUGUGAUGGGUCAGGCCAUAUCACUGGCAAGUACCUCUCCCACAGAAGUGCUUCAGGUUGCCCCAUGGCCAACAAGUAUCGAUUGCAGCGCCACCUGUUUGCGGGCAUUGAGGGAACUUUUGACAUUGCUGCAGCAUUGAAAAUGGAGCCUUGCGUGUGUCCUACACCAGGCUGUGAUGGUUCGGGCCACGUGAACGGCAACUUCCUGUCACACCGCAGUCUUUCUGGCUGUCCACGGGCAACACAGGCCAUCAAGAGGGCCAAAUUGAGCCCUGCUGAACUGGCUGUGCUGCAACAGAAAGUGGACAAUGGAGAAGAUUUGAAUGCGGACCAUGAGUUGGAGCUGUUGGACUCGGAUAUCAAGGACUUGCGUGCAACCAACAUGGCAGAGGAGUCCCAGCUUAUCAAGAUGAAGGCAGAGGUGGCCUGCAUGGAAAAUAAGGUACAACAAAAUGAGCGAGAACUUGCCUUGAUCAGUGCCCAGAAUCGACAACUGCACGAAUAUCUGCAGAAUGUCCAGUGUAAGAUAGUCGCCAGCCUCAGUUUGGUGGAGUUGUCUGCCCCUGAUAAGCUCUUCAAGGAGGAGAACUUUGAUGAAUGUUUGAUGAUGAUCAACGACUUGUUUGUGUCUCGGGUUUCCAGCGAGAAUGCAUUCUUGCAUAACACAAUCAAAACAGCUCUCUCUGAUAUACAGGUGGCUUGAAGGCUGAUUAGAAAUAGGAAACAAAACUCAGCACUUAUUAUCAAGGCCCAUAUUAUUUAAAAAGAAUUGUUGACUUCCUUAAUAUCUUGACUAUACACAGGAUAGUUUGAGCUAUACGUACACCCUAAUGUCGGGUCAUCGUCAGUGUCUUCUUUAUGCUCAGGUUAAUAAACAACUUCGUUAUGUCACUGUUUCUACAACACGUAUCCAGUUGAAAUGUUACACAUGUGUUCAGAGUCAUUGUUUUAGGUCACUGACCAAGUUUCAUUACUAUGAACUGAUAAGCAGAUUUAUGGCCCUUUUUAAAAAUUUAUAAAUGUUAAAGUUUGUAUGCAACUACUCUAUAUCUCUAUAUUAGCUAAUAAUAUUUAUAUAAAACUUUGCGUAUGUGUUCAGGAUUUUUAUGAACAUUCUCUGACCAAGACGUAUAGCUUGGACCAACCUUUAAGCAAGUUUAUGCCCCCUGUUGUACUUUGAAAGGUAAGGUUUCUGUGCAAGUUGAAACUCCGGUAAAAGUUUGCAUCUUACAAGUACCGUAAUUACUCCAAUGUUUUCGGACACUCCUUUUUUUAGCAAAAAUAAUUAUUUUUCGUGACUCUUAAUUUUCGGACACACCAGUUUUCAUCCAUAAUUAAUGUCUCUAAGUUUUCGGACAGUAUAUUUCACAGCGCUAUUUUACACAAUUUCUAUCCUGUUUUUGAUAUCUAAUGACACUUUGAUCAUGGGGUUUUACAACCAGAUUAACAUCAUAAAACAUGGCAGGUGCAUGCCUGAGGGCAACCGACCAUUACAUUUGCGUAAUUGGGUAAAUAACCUUGUAAACAGGUAUUAAACAAUGGUUUCGCCCGAUAGCAUAAACGUUAUGACAAUUGCCAGGGGUAGCGCAAAUUAACAGUUAAAUUAUCUACCGCAAUGGUACUACCAUUUCUCAGUAAAAUAACUGUGACAAAUACUAAACGCUUCAAAGUGUGAUGCACCCUAUUGCAAGUUUUACGAACAAUGGAAGGUGUUAGACAACAACUGUCGGAAAGGAACAAACAAAGAAUUCAUAGUUUGAAUUUUUUAUUGCGUUAAUAACAGGUUCAUACUAGCGAGUAUGGGUACAUCACAUGCUUAUCUUUGAACUUGUUGGUCAAAUUACAACCUUGUAGUAACUUUCGGUCAAAUAAAUUAAGCAUUUAAAAUGAUUUAAAAUGCAAUGCAAACAUAUAUAACUGUAAUUUAUACUUUACAGCAUGGUAUUUUACAAGCACGUGCUAUUACCGGUAGUCGUUAUACAAUUGAGGCUAUUUUCGGACACUUCAAUUUUCGACUCUAAGUUUUCGGACACCUGUAUUUUGUGAAUAUUUUUUGUAUCUAAGUUUUCGGACACGAAAAAAAAUAAAUAUUUUUAAGUGUCCGAAAACAUAGAGUAAUUACGGUACAUGUCUCUGUCACUGCUACAGAUAUCAAAUUGAAUAUUCACACGCUCCUUUGGGAUCAUAUUGCAAUGUAGCAUGCUAAGGCCCCUAACCCUGAGCUGCAAUUUUGCAGAAUAAAGCCCCUUUUUGUACUUAGGAAAAUCAGGUAAACGUUUGCAUUCAAAAACUCACAUCUCUCGCUGGUAUGAAUUUCCAGCAUGGUGUUGCAUUUGGUGCCAGUUUUGUCAAGGUCUCAGAGCUCCCUCUGGCUCAAAAAUUUGUGUAGCCAAAUUUACUUUUUUAUGUCUUAAUUCUUAUUAUUUUGGAUAUUUUAUGGGUGAUAAUGUAGAAAACCUUGUAGCCAAAUGCAAUUUUUGUGUGGCCAAAUUGGCU